AUGGCCUCCGCCCACAUUUUGACCGCACUUCCUGAGUGCGACUCAUCCAAGGCUAUUGCUCAUAAUACCGUUCAGGUUGACACUAUUGCGGUCUCAAAAGAACGACAGUCUCUUUCAGAUCUCUUUACCAUUUUUGCCAGCGGCUUUGCUCUGAUCAGUGAUGGAUACCAAAACAACCUGAUGACCAUGACCAAUGUCCUCCUCAAAAAGGAAUACCCAAAGGAGUAUACCUCAACUGUCAGCACUCGCGUUUCCAACGCUCUGCUCGUGGGCGAGGUCAUUGGACAGAUUGUUAUUGGACUGACAUGCGACUAUCUCGGUCGCAAAACUGCCAUCGUCUUCACCACUCUGAUGAUUGUCAUUGGAGGCAUUCUCGCAACAGCCUCCCACGGCAUCACAAUUCACGGCAUGUUCUGGAUGAUGACAGUCGCGCGCGGUAUCAUCGGAUUCGGCGCCGGCGGCGAGUACCCGGCCUCUUCAACCUCCGCUUCAGAGGCAGCAAACGAUCUGAUCCCCAAGCACCGCGGCCCGGCAUUUAUAAUGGUAACCAACUUCCCAUUAUCCUUCGGCGGCCCAUUCGCCGUAUCAAUCUUCCUUAUCGUGCUCAUGGCUUGCCAGCAAACCCACUACAGCACCGUGUGGCGGGUAUGCUUCGGCAUAGGCUGUGUAUGGCCACUAACGGUUUUCUAUUUUCGAAUCCGCAUGCUGAACUCAGUGCUGUACCGCCGGGGCGCCAUCAAACGACGAGUCCCUUACAUGCUCGUUCUGCGCUACUACUGGAAAACCUUGAUAGGGACAUGCGGAGCAUGGUUCCUAUACGACUUCGUCACGUUCCCGAACGGUGUCUUCUCGGGCACGAUCAUCUCGUCUGUCGUGCACAACGGGACGAUUCUUCAGAUAGGCGAGUACCAGCUCUUGCUCGGUGCCAUCGCUCUCCCCGGCGUAUUCCUCGGCGCGGUGCUAUGCGACCGAGUCGGCCGCAAGCGCAUAAUGAUGAUCGGUUUCAGCGGGUACCUGAUCUUCGGACUGAUCAUUGGUUGUGCAUAUGACCGGAUUACAAAGAUCGUGCCGCUUUUCGUUGUCUUCUAUGGGCUGAUGCAGAGUUCUGGGAAUUUCGGCCCAGGGAAUAUGCUCGGCUUGCUUUCUUCUGAGUCUUAUGCGACUGGUGUGCGGGGAACUUGCUAUGGGCUUUCGGCGGCGAUUGGGAAGGCAGGGGCGGCGAUUGGGACGCAGGCUUUUCAGCCUAUUAAGGCUCACUUGGGUGAUAAGUGGACUUUUAUUAUUGCUGCUAUUUGUGGUGUUGUGGGGGUUUUGGUUACUUGGGUAUUUGUGCCGGAUUUGAGUGGGGAGGAUUUGAGGUUUCGCGAUGAACGCUUCCGGGCCUACCUUGUUUCUAAGGGGUGGGAUGGAGCCAUGGGCGAGGAUGAUUUGAAGGCCGAUGCUAAUCAGGGGAUUGAUGAGGGGAUCGCUGUGGGUGCCGUCAAGAGUUAG